AUGGUUUGGAGUAGAUCUAUUUGCCUUCUCUCCUUCAUCUUGCUUUUUGCCCACAUAGCAGCUGUUUCGGUAAGAAGAGUUCUGCUCUUUGGGGUAUUUAGAAAUAUUAAUUCUGAUUUUGGUGAACAGAAGGAUAUUUCAGAAAUCAAUUUAGCUGCGGGCUUGGACCUCUUUCAAGGGGACAUCCUCCUGCGGAACUCCAGAAACGCCCUGAGAGAGCCCAACGCCAGAUGGAAGUUCCCCAUUCCUUACAUUCUGGCUGACAAUCUGGACCUGAAUGCCAAAGGAGCCAUUCUCUAUGCCUUUGAAAUGUUCCGCCUCAAGUCCUGUGUGGAUUUCAAGCCCUAUGAAGGAGAGAGCUCAUAUAUCAUCUUUCAGCAGUUUAGCGGGUGCUGGUCUGAGGUUGGCGACCAACACGUGGGACAGAACAUUUCCAUUGGCCGGGGAUGUGACUAUAAAGCCAUCAUUGAACAUGAGAUCUUGCAUGCUUUGGGAUUUUACCAUGAGCAGUCAAGGACUGACCGGGAUGAUUAUGUGAACAUCUGGUGGGAUGAAAUUAUUUCAGGUUACCAGCACAACUUUAACACCUACGAUGACAACUUCAUCACAGACCUCAACACACCCUAUGAUUACGAGUCUGUGAUGCACUACGGGCCUUUCUCAUUUAACAAGGAUGCAAGCGUCCCCACCAUCACGGCAAAAAUCCCUGAGUUCGACUCCAUCAUUGGGCAGCGCCUGGAUUUCAGUGCCGUCGAUUUGGAGAGGCUGAACCGAAUGUACAACUGCACCACAACUCACACCCUUUUGGACCACUGUGCUUUUGAGAAGACAAACAUCUGUGGGAUGAUUCAGGGUACCAGAGAUGAUGUUGACUGGGUCCAUGAAGACAGCUCUCAGCCUGAACAAGUGGAUCACACGUUGGUGGGACAAUGCACAGGUGCCGGCUACUUCAUGCACCUCAACACGAGCUCGGGGUCCACAGAAGAGGCAGCCCUGCUGGAGUCUCGGAUUCUUUACCCAAAGAGGAAGGAGCAGUGCCUGCAGUUUUUCUAUAGAAUGACAGGAAGCCCUUCAGAUAGACUCGUCGUCUGGGUCAGGAGGGAUGACGGCACGGGCAACGUCCGCAAGCUGGUCAAGGUGAAGACCUUUCAAGGAGACAGCGACCAAAAUUGGAAAAUUGCCCAUGUGACACUCAGAGAGGAAAAGAAGUUUCGCUACCUUUUCCAGGGCACAAAAGGUGACCCCCAGAACUCGAAUGGGGGAAUUUACCUGGAUGACAUCACUCUGACUGAAACCCCAUGCCCCACAGGGGUUUGGACAGUACGGAAUUUCUCCCAGGUCCUUCAGAACACCGUCAAAGGGGACAGGCUCCUGAGCCCUCGAUUCUACAAUUCAGAGGGAUACGGUUUUGGGUUGACCUUAUACCCUCAUGGAACAAACUCCAGUAGCCCUGGCUACAUAAGACUUGCAUUUCACUUGUGCAGUGGGGAGAACGACGCUAUCCUGGAGUGGCCAGUGGAAAACAGACAAGUGAUAAUAACAGUACUUGACCAGGAGGCUGAUGUCAGGAAUAGAAUGUCCUCAAGCAUGGUGUUCACUACCUCCAAGUCCCAGACAUCUUCAGCGAUAAAUGGCUCCGUCAUCUGGGACAGGCCGUCCAUUGUGGGGUCCUACUAUAGCGACUGUGACUGUUUUAGAAGCAUCGACUUGGGCUGGAAUAGUUUCAUGUCCCACCAAAUGCUAAACAGGAGGAGUUUUCUUAAAAAUGAUGAUCUUAUACUUCUUGUGGACUUUGAAGAUAUCACCCAUCUUAACCAGACUGAAGUUCAAGCUAAAGACAGCAGGAUGAUUCCCCAAGGCCUCAUUCUCCAAGGCCAGGAGCAGCAAGCCCCAGAAGAAGGUUCUGGAAAGGCCUUGUUAGAGAAGGCCCUACCUGACAGCCUGGACCAGGGGCAGUCCGGCCGACAGAAGCGGUCAGUGAAGAACACAGGCUCCCUGGAGGACCACAACUGGCCACAGUACUUCAGAGACCCGUGUGACCCAAACCCGUGCCAGAAUGAAGGCAUCUGUGUGAACGUGAAGGGGACAGCGAGCUGCAGGUGCACCUCUGGUCACGCCUUCUUCUACACGGGGGAGCACUGUCAGGCCAUGCAGAUGCAGGGCAGCAUCUUGGGCCUGAUGAUUGGAGGCACAGCUGGCGUGGUCUUCUUAACUCUCACCAUCAUCUCCAUCCAUUCUGGAAGGCGAAGGCAGUGACCCACCUCCUGAUGCUGGCCAAAAUGCAGAAGCGCCCCCUCCACUCACAACUUCCCUUUCUGUGCUCAGCACAGUUUAGAGUGGUUGUCAUUGGCUUUGCUUUGAAUAGGCCUCUGAGGACCAAGGCCUUCAGCCUCAGGUGUGACCGUAAUGGUUUUCCUUCCUCCGCUAUGGUGCUGUUACCCUGUGAUGUGCUCGGAAUAUAUCUGGUGUGUCCUGUGAUAACGUUCAUUACAUUUCUUUGUGAAUCACUUAUCUAAUCACCUGUCUUUCCUAUAGACUGUAAGCUCCAUGCGGGCAGGUCCUCAUUUACCGCACUAGCCCCAGGGCCAGAAACGUACUCAGUUGGCACAUGUGGGCUCUCAACCCAAGUGAAUGAGUGAACCAAUAAUUGAAUGAAUAACUAAGAUAGAGAAACUCUCUCAUUUCUACUGCAGA